GUUUAAGUUGAACCUGAACAACCAGAUACGCAGGUAGAGCCAGCUCAUUUUAAAACCUGGUGCAUUUAUAUAUCUGAGAGUAUUUAGAUCCCGCUGACACAAAUUAACUGUGUCAUAGAACCGAUGUCCGCAUUUAUCUAUUACUCGGUGCUGAGGUCUUCUGCUCACACACUCAGAUCCGUGGAUGCACUCAAACGCAGCAGGACACUGAAAACAUGCAGCACGACCUUGCUCCGAUGUGCCAGGUCGCUCCAUGUGGACAGUCGUCCUCUCAAACCCUCUCUGACCAGCAGCUACGUGCAUGGCACCUCCUCCAUCUCUCUGCUCUCCCAGACUGUGAGCCAGAGCCUGGACGCCACGGUGGAAAAGUGGCCUGACCGUGAAGCUGUGGUUUUGCUGCAGGACGGCAUUCGGAAAACCUUUGCACAGUUUCAGCAGGAUGUUGACAAGGCGGCUGCAGGUCUCCUCGCUUUGGGCAUGAAGCGAGGCGACCGACUGGGAGUUUGGGGACCCAACACAUAUGAAUGGAUCCUUUUCCAGUUCGCUUCAGCCAAGGCUGGAAUCAUACUGGUGUCAUUGAACCCAGCCUAUCAGGUGAAGGAAGUGGAGUUUACUCUAAAGAAGGUCCAGUGUAAGGCAGUGAUCUGCCCCACUCACUUUAAAACCCAGAAGUUCUGUGAGAUGCUGAGGGAGAUCUGCCCAGAGAUCGACUUGACAUCAGCCGGUUGCCAGACUUGCGAAUGGUGAUUUUGACUGACAGCAGACAGCCAGGGAUGCUCCACGUAGACGAUGUGAUUCAAGC